AUGAAUCUCACAAACUGCACCACGGAAGCCAACGUGGCUGUGAAGCCAAAAACAGUAACUGAAAAGAUGCUUGUUACCCUGACCUUGGCCACAAUCACAACCUUGACUAUGCUGCUGAAUUCUGCUGUAAUUGCAGCAAUCUCCACCACCAAGAAGCUGCACCAGCCAGCAAAUUAUCUCAUCUGUUCACUAGCUGUGACAGAUCUGCUCGUCGCUGUCCUCGUCAUGCCCUUGAGCAUCACUUACAUCAUGAUAGAUAAAUGGACUUUGGGCUAUUUCAUCUGUGAGAUCUGGCUCAGCGUCGACAUGACGUGUUGCACGUGUUCCAUCCUUCAUCUGUGUGUCAUUGCCCUGGACAGGUACUGGGCAAUCACAGAUGCUAUCGAGUAUGCCAGGAAAAGAACAGCCAAGAGGGCUGGGCUGAUGAUAGUCACUGUGUGGACCAUCUCCAUCUUCAUCUCCAUGCCCCCCUUGUUCUGGAGGAACCACCACGGCGUCAGCAUCCCCAGCGAGUGUCGCAUCCAGCACGACCACGUCAUCUACACCAUCUAUUCCACUUUUGGGGCGUUUUACAUCCCUUUGACUUUGAUCCUGAUCCUGUACUACAGGAUCUACCACGCUGCAAAGAGCCUCUACCAAAAGAGAGGCUCAAGCCGCCACCUCAGCAACAGGAGCACCGACAGCCAGAACUCUUUUGCCAGCUGCAAGCUCACACAGACCUUCUGUGUCUCAGACUUCUCCACCUCUGACCCCACCACGGAGUUUGAGAAGAUGCACGCAGCUGUGAGGAUUCCUCCUUUUGAGAAUGACUUGGAGCUGGCUGGGGACAGGCAGCAGAUCUCCACCACGCGGGAGCGAAAGGCUGCUCGCAUCUUGGGGCUCAUUUUAGGUGCUUUCAUUUUGUCCUGGUUGCCCUUUUUCAUCAAGGAAUUGCUUGUGGGGCUCCACGUGUGCACUGUUUCUCCAGAGGUAGCAGAUUUCUUGACCUGGCUUGGAUAUGUCAACUCUCUCAUCAACCCUUUGCUGUACACGAGCUUUAACGAGGAUUUCAAGUUGGCCUUUAGGAAGCUAAUCAGGUGUCGAGAACAUACUUAG